GCAAAGGCCGAGGUUAAUUAAAUAAUUUUAUUUACAAAACAUUUUCCUUUAAUACAUUUGCUUCUACGGUUAUUUUUACCGAGAAAUUAGGGUCAUUGUUUUUAGUAUUUGUGUUUGUCUUGUGGUGAAAAGUAGGGCUUAUGAGAAUGGGUGAAGUGGUUUUGAGCAGUGAAGAAGCAAUGGAAAUGGAGUUAGAGACAGAGAAGAACGAGACUAUGAAGGAUGGCUCGUCUGAGGGGGUUAGGUGGGAAAGAUUUAUGCCGAGGAUGGUUCUUAGAGUUCUAUUGGUAGAAGCAGAUGAUUCUACACGUCAUAUUAUCUCUGCUCUUCUUAGAAAAUGCAGUUACAGAGUUGUUGCUGUUCCUGAUGGCUUAACGGCAUGGGAGACUUUGAAGGGCCAGCCCCAUAACAUAGACCUUGUACUGACUGAGGUGGAGCUGCCAUCAAUAUCUGGAUUUGCACUUCUGACUUUAGUAAUGGAGCAUGAUAUUUGCAAGAAAAUUCCUGUAAUAAUGAUGUCAUCACAUGAUUCAAUUAGCAUGGUUCUAAAGUGCAUGUUAAAAGGUGCAGCCGACUUUCUCAUUAAACCUGUUAGGAGAAAUGAACUGAGGAACUUGUGGCAGCAUGUUUGGAGGAGGCACAGUCUACUUGGUGGACAUGUUCCUCAAAAAUUACCUGUUAUACGGCAUAAAGCUGAAGCAACUUCUGAAAACAAUGCAUCAAGCAGCCGUUCUAGUGAUACAAAACAGAAAAGCAAGGAAAACAGUGAGAAAGGAAGUGUUGCACAAAGCUCCUGUACAUCGCCUUACUUGGAAGUUGAGAGUGCCUACAUGCAAAAUAUGCAGGGUCUGUCAUACCUGAACGGUAGGAGCACCUCUGAUUCGAACAAUGAAGAAAGGGAGAAGCUAGAUGAGUGUAUCAAACUCGAAAAGGGAUCAGUUAUGCUUGACAGUAAUGCUGGAGAAAAGUUUGCAUCUGGAUCAGAGUUUGCACCUUGCAGCGGAGCUUAUACGUCCACACCUUUGAGAGUGGAAGAAAAUUAUUUUUGUUUUAAACCAAUGUCCCAUGGUGAUGGCGUGAGACCUGGAAAUGAUAGAGAAAAUGCUUAUACUACUGGGGUUCAUGGAUGCAACGAUGAACUGAUUGAACAAACUAGAGGAGCUAUUGACUUGAUUGGCACAUUUGAUAAUCGCCCAAAUUCCAUCAGUGGACAAUCAACUUUCAAUGAUGGCAUGAACAAGUUUGAAUUUGCUCCACAAUUGGAACUCUCUUUGAGAAAAAUAUUUUCUAGUUGUUCAAAAGAACCAGUUACUGAUGAGAGGCACGCCCUUAACCACUCUACUGCGUCAGCCUUCUCACGGUACAAUAAUAGUAAGACAUUACCAACAUCGGCUAGUAAUUUUCCUAAAUUGAAGGAUGACACUUGUAAAUCCCGAGAAAUUUUGUCUAGUCAGCUCUCUGAAAAUGCUACUGGUAACUCUCAACCACAUGGUGCUACAUCGAGUAACAGUCAGGAAAAUAUGACAUUUCUGGGCAUUGGUCAAUCGGGGCAGUCUGAAGUAACAUUUGCAAGACCACAACUUGGGUUUAUUCCUGUCCCAGGUGUGAGGUUUGAUAAUAUUGGUGCUGGAUAUACUCAUGUAUUCCCACCGGUAUUCUAUACUCAAUCAGGUUUACCCCCUGCAUGUAGUCCCAAAUCACCCUGCCAGCGGGAACAGUCUCCCUUUCCUUCAUGUACCUCUGUUCAUUCCAACCCUGAUGUUCAUGACUUAGAAGGUCAUCGGCAGUCUGAUGAAACUAUCAAUAAUUCUAUUGACCAAACCGUAUGUGAGCAGAACAAUGUGGAGUCUCUGGAGGAGCUACGACGUAGUUCCGCUGCUGCAGGUCAGAGCACUUGCAGUAGUUUAUGUAAUGGUCUUGGAAAUAUUAACAAUGCUGGCACAUAUGGAGGUUUUUCCAAUCGAAUGCAUGAAAAUGCCACUUUAUCGGAGGCAGUUGAGAAGGGAACAGCUCCAGAGAAUUUGAAUGGAACACUCUUCAUUCAUGGUGGAUUCAGAAAUAUGGAUUGUCACCGCUCCAGCCGAAGGGAAGCCGCUCUCACAAAAUUUCGGUUAAAGCGGAAAGAUAGAUGCUUUGAAAAAAAGGUUCGAUACCAAAGCAGGAAAAGCUUGGCGGAGCAACGUCCCCGAGUGAAAGGACAGUUUGUUCGUCAAGUGCGAGAUGAGACCACAUCCACAGCUGCUAAUGGCAAUGCUGAUGGUUCUUGAGUCUCGUUAAUGCCCAUUUGUCCCGUGUUCUCAACCUGAUUUACGCUUUUCCCCAAAGAAACCGUGUGUUGGCACUCGGCAUAUCUAAGCAUGAUUACAAUUUUGGGUAGAUUAUGUGAGUGCUUCAAAAUGCUUGCAAAUAUAAUGGGCUUUGAUUGGGGUUAUUAUUAUAAUUUUUGCAUCUGCUGGUACUGGGUGUAAAAAAAA